UCCCUCCCUCCCUCCUCCCCUCCCUCCCUCUUCCCCUCCCUCCCCGCGCCGCUCGCAGCCGCAGCCCCCGGACCCGGAGGAUUAUGAGCGAACCAUGAGGCGGCUGCGGCGCUGGGCGAUCGCGGCUCUGCUGCUGCUGCUCCCCCCUCCCGGUCUUGGGGCCCUGGGUCCCAGCGGAGCGCUGCACUGGAGGAGCUCAGCCCAGCUGGGGAGCCCAGGGGAUCCAGAGGGCCCUGAGGUCACAGAGCCCAGCAGGCUGGUCAGGGAGAGCUCCGGGGGAGAGGUCCGAAAGCAGCAGCUGGACACCAGGGUCCGCCAAGAUCCGCCCAGGGGGACGCCGGUGCACCUGGCCCAAGUGAGUUUUGUCAUCCCGGCCUUCAACUCAAACUUCACGUUGGACCUGGAGCUGAACCAUCAUCUCCUGUCCUCGCAGUAUGUGGAACGCCAUUUCAGCCGGGAGGGGACAACCCAGCACAGCACAGGGGCCGGAGACCACUGCUAUUACCACGGGAAACUCCGGGGCAAUCCACACUCUUUAGCUGCACUCUCCACCUGCCAGGGGCUGCAUGGGGCCUUCUCUGAUGGGAACCUGACUUACAUCAUAGAGCCCAAGGAGAUGGCUGGGCCUUGGGGACUCCCACAGGGACCCCUCCCCCAUCUCAUUUACCGGACCCCUCUCCUCCCAGCCCCCCUUGGCUGCAGGGAACCAGGCUGCCUGUUCGCCCAGUCUGCUCCUCCCAACUUGCCCAGGCUGAGAAGGAAAAGGCAGGUCCGCAGGGGCCACCCCACAGUGCACAGCGAGACCAAGUAUGUAGAGUUGAUUGUGAUCAACGACCACCAGCUAUUCGAGCAAAUGCGGCAGUCAGUGGUCCUCACCAGCAACUUUGCGAAGUCAGUUGUGAACCUGGCAGACGUGAUAUACAAGGAGCAGCUCAACACCAGGAUUGUGCUAGUUGCCAUGGAAACGUGGGCAGAUGGGGACAAGAUUCAGGUGCAGGAUGACCUACUGGAGACCCUGGCCCGGCUUAUGGUCUACCGGCGGGAGGGUCUGCCUGAGCCCAGCGAUGCCACCCACCUUUUCUCGGGUAGAACCUUCCAGAGCACCAGUAGUGGGGCGGCCUACGUAGGGGGCAUCUGCUCGCUGUCCCGGGGUGGAGGUGUGAAUGAGUAUGGCAACAUGGGUGCCAUGGCGGUGACCCUGGCCCAGACGCUAGGGCAGAACUUGGGCAUGAUGUGGAAUAAACACCGGAGCUCAGCAGGGGACUGCAAGUGUCCGGACAUCUGGCUGGGCUGCAUCAUGGAGGACACUGGGUUCUACUUGCCCCGCAAGUUCUCGCGCUGCAGCAUCGACGAAUACAACCAGUUCCUGCAGGAGGGAGGCGGGAGCUGCCUGUUCAACAAGCCCCUCAAGCUCCUGGACCCUCCCGAGUGCGGGAACGGCUUCGUGGAGGCGGGGGAGGAGUGCGACUGUGGUUCGGUGCAGGAGUGCAGCCGGGCGGGUGGCAACUGUUGCAAGAAAUGCACCCUGACUCAUGACGCGAUGUGCAGCGACGGGCUGUGUUGUCGCCGCUGCAAGUACGAGCCACGAGGCGUCUCCUGCCGGGAAGCGGUUAAUGAGUGUGACAUCGCGGAGACAUGCACCGGCGACUCGAGCCAGUGUCCCCCUAACCUUCACAAGCUGGACGGCUACUACUGUGAUCAUGAGCAGGGCCGUUGCUACGGAGGCCGCUGCAAAACCCGGGAUCGGCAGUGCCAAGCCCUUUGGGGCCAUGUGGCUGCGGAUCGUUUCUGCUAUGAGAAGCUGAACGUGGAGGGGACAGAGCGUGGGAACUGUGGGCGCAAGGGAUCCGGCUGGGUCCAGUGCAAUAAGCAGGAUGUGCUCUGUGGCUUCCUCCUAUGCGUCAACAUCUCCGGAGCUCCUCGGCUCGGGGACCUGGGGGGGGACAUCAGCAGUGUCACCUUCUACCACCAGGGCAAAGAGCUGGACUGCAGGGGAGGCCACGUGCAGCUGGCUGAUGGCUCAGACCUGAGCUACGUGGAGGACGGCACUGCCUGCGGGCCCAACAUGUUGUGCCUGGAUCACCGCUGCCUGCCGGCCUCCGCCUUCAACUUCAGCACCUGCCCGGGCAGCGGAGAGCGCCGGAUCUGCUCCCACCAUGGGGUUUGCAGCAAUGAAGGGAAGUGCAUCUGUCAGCCAGACUGGACAGGCAAAGACUGCAGUAUUCACAACCCCCUGCCCACUUCCCCUCCCACCGGGGAGACCGAGAGAUACAAAGAAACAUCCGUCGUGGAAGGUCCGGAGGGGCCUAAGUGCCACCCUGCUCCCUCCAAGCCUGGCACCCACCAUCUCGGCCCUGAACCACGAGGCUGCCUCCACCCUGCUACAGAGGGAGGCACCGUGCAAAUGUCUUCCAGGUCCAAACCCUUCAACUCCUGGCUGCCCAGGGGUUGGGGGUUGGGACUAUGGCCUCAUCUUUCAGACCACCUGGGUGGAGGGGCCUGGAGGAGGGCAGCUCCUGCCCAGUUCCCCACGCCCCCUCAUGCAGCUUUGGCCUUGCACACACUCUCCCCUCCCCCCACACACACCGUGAAUGUAGCUUCCAUCAUCACAGACUGCCACAGCUCAAGUUGGGGCCUGGAGCGGUGCCUGGUGGGGGCAAGUAGCCACCAGUGGACACAGCUGGGUGGCCCCUCUUUAAAACCUGGCAGCUGGAGCCAGGGUGAUAGCUCCCUGGACCUCACGGGAGGGGGCUGACGUACACUUUUUUCUCUUUCUUUUCUUUUUUCUUUUUUAACUGAAUCUUAACUGAUGAAUGUAACCUUUGGGUUGCUGGGACCAGGGGGAAGUUGGAGGGGUGUUUUGACACUUACAGGAGGGCCUGGGGGGGCGGGGAUCUGAGGCCUUGAGACCUCCCAGACCCCUCCCUGGGAGGCCCACCCUGGAAUCUUGUCAGGGAACCCAGCGGUGGCAUGGCAGGGCGGCCCUGCUUGCCCUGCCCCACCCAGCUUAGAAGAAGUCAGAGUGCUGAUUCAAACCAAAGCUGCCUGUCCCAUGCCCACUGCCCGAGGCUCACGGGUGCCGUGACCCUCUCUGUCCAGAACUGUCUUCAGUUCCAAGCCGAUCGUCCUGUCCCUGCCAGGGCGCAUGCACUUGGGGGCAUAGAAAAUACAGUCCCUAAAAUAAAAUGGCACCUUUCCCCCCCUUUCAAGAAAGGCGACUACUCCGGGGCUGUCUCAGGGUUCAGGUGCCCCCUGGUAUGGCCUGGCUGUUCCAGGGCAGGCUGUCUUCCCAGGGAGGACUCUGGGUAGGGAGAGCCAGGGGUAGCCCUGUGCCUCAGGGUUAGCGCCUGUGAAGUGUAUGAGGAGACUGGGAAAGGGCAGGCCUCGAGGGCGGUGGUAGGCCACUAGGAAAAUCCUCAAGCUCCCCACCAACCCCCCACCCCCAUCCAAACCUUUCACCACCCGCACUCUAGGGCUGAAUAGUAAGUUUACAGUUGUCCCUCUGUCUGCCCUGUUGCCGGCUUGAGGGCUGGACCGAGGCUGGCAGAGCUGCUCAGCCCUCCCACGCAGUCCGGCAUGGCCUGCCUUCACAGCCCUAUGUGAGGCAGACCAGCUCUGGCUCCUUGCCCUAAGAGCCAGCUGGCGGGGCAAGAUGGAGCAGGCUCCCUUAUGGAUGAAAGCCACAAAUGAAAGGAACCCCCUUCUUGGGGACACCCCACUCAGGCUAAGGAGUGGCUCUGGACAUCCCAGGGCCAGAGCUGCCCAUUCGUGUUCCUCCUGUUUCUGAGGCACCUUUGAGGAAGGCUCACGGAGGCUCCUGUUAUAUCUAAACCACCCCAGCGGCACCCUGGAGCCGAGGGCCCAUUGGUAGCUUUUGGGGUGGCCAGAUGGUGUCGGCUACAGUGGGCUCCUCAGCACUGAGCCCCAGCUGGCACUGUCCUAGUGACAACAGGACAGACUAAGGCCACCAGCCCCACUAGCUGAGGACAGGAGAAAGGCUGGAUUUUGUAUCGUUGCUGGAAUGCCUUGAGACCUCCACUAGGUGGCACCUGGGCACACAGGUGGCAGUGCACCUGGGCACAGACAUGUGAACCCACACACCUCUGCAGCACUGUGAAGGCCUCUGCAUACCAGAGCGCGUCCACCGUGUCCUUGGUGGAAACAUGAAGAACACAAGACUUCCUGUGACCAGUUCCACCGUGGUCCCCAACUUCCUGCACCCUCCUGCCCCACCCCAGCAGUGCCUGGCCUGGCAGCACCCAGGAAGGAAAAGAGAGAGGGGUUGCGUUCACCUGGCCUGGACCUGGGUCCCUGUGCAUCCUGUAAAUAUGUCACCUGGGCUGGGGUGGGGAGGCAGGGCCAGGGGCCCACAUUAAAGAUUAAAGAUCACGUUCUGGGCUUCCAUGGAGCUCACACCAAA